CCAUGCUGUCGCGGGCCAUCGUUGCCUCUUGCCGCAAGUCCCUGGCCACUACCGCCUACCAGGGCACCCGGGCGCUGUCCAGCGCCUCCGCCAUCUGCUCCUCGGCCGAGAGCUCUCCCUCCCAGCCCAAGCGUCGUGGUGGCGAGAGCGACAUGUAUGCCAUGAAGCCGCUCGGCAAGCGCAUGAUGAGUCCCGAGGCCAAGGCACUGCGCGACGCGCUGCGUCUGAAUGAUUUCGGCCGGCCCCGCCACAGCGCUUCCACCAUGGGCGAGCGGCACAUGCACGCCGCCCAGGCUGGCCGUCCAUAAAUUAUCCACCUGCCCAUCAGCACUCCCUUUGAUCCCUCUUGCACAAACCUCCAUGCGCUGACCGUAUUCGUCAGCGCCCAGCACUUGCCAGCCGUGAGUUACUUGGGUCCUGCCAUGCCAGCCGUGAGUUACUUGGGGCCUGCCACUUUUGGCUGGCCCAGACAUCCGUCCUGCCAAAAUUCCUGAGAGCAUAUUCAUCAUCCUUUGCCUUGCGAGCGUGUGAGCCUUCCCUUGUUUCCUCGGUAUCUGUUGCUGCGUUUGGCUGAGCCGGGCGCAACUGUUCUUUCCUGCUGUUUUCAAGCAUUUGACGUUCAUCCAUGUAAAGUUUCUCCUAC